GUAAUUUAAAGUAAUAAAAUACUUUAAUAAAGUUGUAAUAAUGGAGGAGCAAGUAAAACAAGAACCGAGUCCUCUGAGAAAAAUGGUGGCAGUGUCAUCCAUCGCCGCCGGUAUACAAUUUGGAUGGGCUCUACAACUCUCCCUCCUCACACCAUAUGUACAAACCCUAGGAGUUCCACACGUUUGGGCUUCCUUCAUAUGGCUUUGUGGCCCCAUCUCUGGCCUCCUAGUUCAACCUAUUGUAGGCUACAGCAGUGACCAUUGCCAAUCUUCCUUUGGCCGUCGCCGUCCAUUUAUCCUUGCCGGUGCAAUAGCUGUCGCAAUCGCCAUUAUCCUUAUUGGCUAUGCUUCCGAUAUAGGACACAUGGCCGGCGAUGACAUAACAAAGACAACCCGUCCACGAGCCGUUGCCAUCUUCGUCGUCGGCUUUUGGAUCUUAGAUGUUGCCAACAACAUGCUCCAGGGACCAUGUCGUGCCUUCCUUGGUGACUUGGCUGCCGGCGAUCCAAAAAAAACGAGAACCGCCAACGCAUUCUUCUCAUUUUUCAUGGCCGUGGGCAACGUCCUGGGCUAUGCAGCAGGAUCCUAUAACGAUCUCCACAAGAUCUUCCCUUUCACUCAAACCGAGGCAUGCAACGUAUUCUGUGCAAACCUAAAGAGUUGCUUCUUCUUCUCAAUCAUUCUUCUUCUUGCUUUGUGCAUUACCGUUCUCACUUGCGUGAACGACCCUAAGUUCACACCGGCACCUAAGGAGUCGAAGAUAGAAGAUGGGCAGACACAAGUUUCGUGCUUCUACGGAGAGUGUUGUGUUGCAUUCAGAGAACUUGAGAAGCCAAUGUGGAUGUUGAUGCUAGUGACAGCUAUCACAUGGAUUGCGUGGUUCCCUUAUGUGUUGUUCGACACUGAUUGGAUGGGUCGUGAGGUGUACGGCGGUGAUGUGGGUCAGAAGGCAUACGAUAAUGGUGUGCAUGCUGGUUCUUUGGGGCUCAUGUUGAAUUCAGUGGUGUUGGCUGUGGCGUCUUUGGGUGUAGAACCAUUGGGUCGCUUGGUUGGUGGAGUCAAGUGGUUGUGGGCAAUCGUUAAUGUUAUUCUAGCAAUUUGCUUAGCAGCGACUGUGCUUAUCACAAGAGUCGCUGAGCGAGAACGUGCCAAAAACCCUGCUCUCAUUGGAAACCCUUCCAUGGAUGUGAAAGUAGGAUCCUUAGCAUUCUUCUGCGUCCUUGGUAUUCCUCUUGCGGUUACAUACAGUGUUCCCUUUGCUCUGGCUUCUAUCUAUUCUAACAGCUCAGGUGCAGGACAAGGAUUAUCUUUGGGUCUUCUGAAUGUUUCAAUUGUGAUUCCUCAGAUGAUUGUAUCAGCAAUCAGUGGACCAUGGGAUGCUUUGUUUGGUGGUGGCAACUUGCCGGCAUUCGUGUUGGGAGCCGCAGCGGCCGCCAUAAGUGCCGUACUUGCAAUUGUUAUACUUCCAAACCCCAAAAAAGAAGAUGAAGCCAAGAUGUCCAGCCUCAACAUGGGUAGUUUUCAUUAAUGGCUAGAUCUCGACAUGCCAAGCAAGAGGAAGAGUAUUAGGAUUCGAAGAUGGUGCAUGUGCUCAAGAAAUUAGCGUUUAGAUCCUUGAAAGGUUUCCAUAGCUAUCAUAGCUUAUUCAAGUUAUCCAUUUUCUUUAUGUACUUAGGUGUGAGAGUUACAAAAAAUUUUGUCCGAAAAACAUCAUCAACUUUAAUCAAUAAACGA